AGUGACAGUUUGGGAGUGGGUCAUGGUUUGAAUUAAAGAGCUAAUCAACUAUAACCAGCAGACAGUAACAGUGGCGCUGUCAGAUAGGUUUAUUGAUUUUGCCAUUAGUAGUUCUUAAAAAAAGUAAAUAACUAGUCACGAUGGAGGAGCUGAGCGAAGAGGUGCUGCUGGAGUACAUCUCGGCUGCUGGAGGCAGGGUGAAGAACUCGGAUUUACUGAAGGAUUUCAAACAUUUUAUUAAUCAUAGCGACAAAAAUUUUCGUGCCAAACACAGAGAGGACUUUAAACAGAUCAUCGAUAAAAUUGCUCUGGUGAAAACCGACAAUGGGGAGAAAUUUCUUACUCUGAAGAAGAAAUACAAGCAGCUGCUGCCAGAGAGAGAGAGGGAGCCCGCGGGUGAUGGGAAGCGGGCCAGCGUGCCGAGACAGGGAGGGAUGGUGAUGUGGGAGGGAGGGGAGGUUUCCACUGGGCUCAGUCCCCAGGUUCAGCCCAGCCUCGAACCCUCAACCCCUACAGAAACCACACAGGACCUUAAAACGAACAGCCCUGACAGCAGGGACAAGGGGAGAAGUGCUGCGCAGAACAGAGCUGUGUGUUCCUGGGCUGGAGGUCCUGCAAUUACAGUGACGGUGUGUUCGGAUCCUCCCCCACAGGAUCUGAACCCCAGCGUGGUCCAGGAGGAGCAGAGCCCCCAGCAGGGUCCCCAAGAGGAGGAGCAGCCUGAAAGCCCCAGACAGGCUGCACGCGCCUGUGCCAGCGCCCCCCAGGUAGAGGACGAGCCGGACGCUGUGUCCAAGUCCGAGUCUGAACAGGAUGAAGACGGCACUGGCAGUAUGGGAUCCUCUGCGAUUGCUCUGGACCCACUGGAGAAGGAGUGGAUGCACUCUGCAGCCUGUGGGAGACUUCCGGUUCUCAACCAUCUCCUCCAGCAGGACCCCACCCUGGUAUAUAAGAAGGACUUCACAUCUGGGCAUUGUUGCGUAUCUCGCCUGCCUUAUUCUCAUCACUUCUACAGCUUUGCCUGUACAUUUUCAUCACCUGAUGCAUCCAAAGCUUGCAAAUGCAGCUCUGAUCACGAGACUCCAAGGGAGGCAAAAUCAGUCCAAUAAAAAGCCUGUCCAGGAAGCAAGUUCAGCAGCACAGAUGAAACAGUGCUAGUCCUGCCUGCGUGAAGAAUGACGUUUACGGGAAGACUGCUUCUAAGGGGGAGAUUGACACUGAGCUGAUGCCCACAUGCUUUCUUGCUUUCGAGAAGCUGAUUUUAAUUCUGCUGGUCGACCUGAACUUAAAUCCUCAGAGCCGUGCUUCAGACCACCUUCUGAGGACCCCCAGGAAAACCCCACUGUCUCCACUCUGACAAGAUACAUGGCCUCCAUUCAAGGGGCAGGGAUUAUAGGAUUCCUGGAGUGCGACAAAGGCCCGAAUGGCUCAUUAAAAUAAUCUGAAAGUAAUGGAGGAGGCAGGAUUGAUUGAAGAGCGAUGGGCGCUCAGUCCCGGGGAAGGGGUUUAAUCCGCUUCACGCUCUUUGAUGGGAUGCACUGGAAUCCUUUGCUGCUGUACGUAGCAAUGUUGUGUGCUCGUUGUUGCUGAAGUAAAGCUGACGUUUCUUCCGUGACCUGGGUUCACAAGGGUUAACGUUGCCGUUGUCAUCAGACUGGAUUGUUUGCAUUGGCAGCUCAAUUGAGGGGCAAUCACAUGAGCGUUAAACAAUUGUGUCUUAUUAAAUUACAUCCACUUAGUGGAGACGAGUAGCUGGGAAGGGACACGCCUUGACAGCCUCUUCUCAUUCCUCUCUUGUGCUAAGGGCUCUGACAGCCUCUUUCUCAUUCCCUAACUCUCUUGUGCUAAGGGCUCUGACAGCCUCUUCUCAUUCCUUAACUCUCUUCUGCUAAGGGCUCUGACAGCCUCUUCUCAUUCCCUAACUCUCUUGUGCUAAGGGCUCUGACAGCCUCUUCUCAUUCCUUAACUCUCUUCUGCUAAGGGCUCUGACAGCCUCUUCUCAUUCCCUAACUCUCUUGUGCUAAGGGCUCUGACAGCCUCUUCUCAUUCCUUAACUCUCUUGUGCUAAGGGCUCUAACAGCCUCUUCUCAUUCCUCUCUCCUGUUAUGUUUGGAUCAAGGCCUGCUGCCACAAUGGCAGUGUUAAAUGCAGGCAGAUUGCAGUUCGUUUUGCUGCCCUCGUUUGGGUGAUGAUGAUGAUGAUGAUGAUGAUGAUAUAUAUAUAUAUAU